AAUCACUAACGCAAGCCCACUCAUUGCUGUCAUCACACGCCAACAGUCCUCGUUUUUUUUAUAUACCACUCUUAAUGUGUGAAUGCCCACUCAGCCAACCAUCUCCUUCACUCAGAUCUUCAAACACCUGAAGAAAAAAAAGAAGAAAAAGGUAAUGAUGAUGAGUAUGCAUGGCCGAAAUAAGAGAGGAGAGAGUAGCACUAGGGCAGGCAAUGAGUCCGAAGAAGAAGAUUACGAGAUUGAGAUCGAUGGGCUUCAAGAUAAAGCCUUGUGGAGAACUUGGUUCAGGUCUCUGGUCUGCCGCCAGCAGACCGUGCCGGAUUCUGCUCGGAGUCGAAUUGGCAGGAUCGUGGCUGCUACGGCCAAUGAAACAAGAGGCAGAUUCAUCAUUCGUCCAGAUAACUGGUGGUAUAUGGUAUGGACGCAUUUCAUACUGAUAUGGGCAGUCUACUCGUCAUUCUUCACACCAAUGGAGUUCGGAUUCUUCAGAGGCUUGCCGGAGAAUCUUUUCCUUCUCGACAUUGCCGGCCAGUUGGCGUUUCUCGUCGACAUGGUCGUCCGCUUCUUCGUCGCCUUUCGUGACACUCAGUCAUACACUACUGUCGACAGCCACAAGCGCAUUGCCCUCAGGUACUUGAAAUCUCGGUUUGUGGUCGAUUUUCUCGGCUGUCUGCCACUGGAUGCUAUUUACCAGUUUUGUGGCAGGAAAGAACCGGUGAGGUACCUAUUGUGGAUUAGGCUAAGUCGGGCACUAAGAGUUACAGAGUUUUUUGAGAAGUUGGAGAAAGAUAUCCGAAUCAAUUACUUGUUUACAAGGAUUGUGAAACUUCUUGUUGUUGAACUAUAUUGCACACACGCUGCUGCCUGCAUCUUUUACUAUCUUGCCACCACCAUGCCUGCCUCCCAGGAAGGUUAUACGUGGAUAGGAAGCCUAAAGAUGGGUGACUAUAGUUAUUCUCAUUUCAGAGAUAUUGAUCUUUGGAAGCGCUAUUUUACAUCGCUAUAUUUUGCCAUUGUUACAAUGGCAACUGUUGGUUAUGGAGACAUACAUGCAGUCAAUGUCAGGGAAAUGCUAUUUGUCAUGGCUUAUGUUUCCUUUGACAUGAUUCUUGGCGCUUAUCUGCUUGGUAACAUGACAGCAUUGAUCGUCAAAGGAUCAAAGACAGAAAAGUUUAGGGAUAGAAUGGCAGAACUUAUUAGCUACAUGAACAGAAACAAACUUGGGAGGCAGAUAAGUAAUGAAAUCAAACACCAUAUGCGAUCGCAGUACGAGACCAGCUACACAGAAGCUGCUUUACUUCAGGAUAUUCCAGUGUCUAUUCGUGCUAAGAUCUCACAAAAGUUAUAUGGGCCCUACAUUAGCAAGGUUUCUCUUUUCAAGGGAUGCUCCCCGGGAUUCCUUAAGCAGAUUGCAACCAGAGUCCACGAGGAAAUUUUCCUCCCAGGAGAAGUGAUACUUGAAGAGGGAAAUAUGGUGGAUCAACUUUAUAUUGUCUGUAAUGGUAAACUGAAGGGAGUAGGAAGCAACGAAGAAGAAACUGAAGGACCUCUGAUUCAUCUACAAACUAAUGACUCAUUUGGUGAAAUUCCUCUUUUAUGUAACACUCCUCAGGCUUAUACAGUUCAAGUUGUUGAACUAUGCAGGCUCGUGCGACUUGAUAAACAAUCUUUCAUAAACAUUCUUGAGAUAUACUUUUCUGAUGGGCGGAUCAUAUUAAACAACCUUCUUGAGGGAAAAGGAUCAAAUCUUCGAAACAAGAUAUUGGAAUCUGAUAUCACACUUUAUAUUGGAAAGCGUGAGGCAGAGGUGGCUAUGAGGGUAAAUUGUGCUGCUUAUAAUGGGGAUUUGUACCAACUAAGGCGUUUGAUUGAGGCAGGAGCAGAUCCCAAUAAGACAGACUAUAAUGGAAGAUCGCCUUUGCAUUUUGCGGCAUCCAAGGGAUAUGAAGAUAUUACUGAUUACCUUAUUGAACUGAGAGUGAACAUCCAUCUUUCAGAUAAUUUUGGAAACACUCCCUUGCUUGAAGCCAUAAAGAAUGGGCAUGAUGGAGUCACUUCUUUACUAGUUAAAGCAGGGGCAUUAUUGACAGUGGAAGACGCUGGUAACUGUCUCUGCAUGACUGUUGUAAGGAGGGAUUUAAAUUUUUUGAAAAGGCUUUUGGCCAAUGGCAUUAAUCCAAAUGCCAAAAAUUAUGAUUCACGAACACCACUUCAUCUUGCUGCCUCAGAAGGGUUAUAUUUAAUGACAAAUUUACUGUUGGAAGCAGGGGCAAGUGUUCUCGCAAAGGAUAGAUGGGGAAAUACUCCACUUGAUGAAGCUCGCAUUGGUGGAAAUAAGAAUUUAAUCAAGCUUCUGGAAGAAGCGAUGUCUGCUCAGUUGUCUGAAUUCUCUUCUUGCUCUCAAGAAAUUCGAGCUGAUAAAAUGCGUCAAAGGAAGUGCAUUGUGUUCCCCUUCCACCCUUGGGAUUCCAAAGAGGAAAGAAAGCAGGGAGUUGUAUUAUGGAUUCCGAAGACCAUUGAAGAGCUCAUUGAGACAGCCAUGGAGCAGUUAAAAUGUUCUAGUGGCUCCUGCAUUUUAUCUGAAAAUGGAGCUAAAAUUACUGACAUUGACAUGAUUAGUGAUCAAGAGAAGCUAUUUUUGGUUGCUGAGACUAUAUAGGUAAAUAAGAUGCCUUUGUGAAAGCAGGCCCUUGUUAACUUCAGGAAUCAGUUAAUACUUUGUUGGCAUGUCAAAACUAACUGAAAAUAAUAAACAAUAAUAAUUUUAAAAAAAAUGUAAUUAUGAGAAGUGAACUUGAUAAUAGUUUCUCUUCUGAGUUUCCCUUAUAAUUUUCAUUCUUAGAAGACUAUCAAA